AUGACGGACGAAACUCUCAGACCUCCUGUUUUAUGGGCACAGGAAAGAGAACACGUUUUUCUUACAAUUGACAUUGAAUCUAAAGAUCCGGAAAUUAAAAUAGAGAAAUCCUCAGUAUAUUUUAAAGGUGUAAAUGUGCGAGAUAAUAAAGUAUACGAGGUAUCACUACCUUUACACUCUGAAGUGAAUCCAGAAAAGAGCAACUUCGUAAAUAAAGGCCGAUGCAUAGAAAUAAUGCUCCAGAAAGAAAGUGGGAGUAAUAAUUUUUGGCCGGCACUAUUAAAAGAUAAAAAGAAACCUCAUUAUUUAAAAAUAGACUUUAAUAAAUGGCGUGAUGAGGAUGACGAAGAAGCGGAAGAAGGAGGCGAAUUAGAUUUAUCAUCGAUGUUGCAGGCUAUGGGCAGCGACAAAGGUGCCGGUGACAAAAAGCCGUCAUUUGAUGAUUUGGAAAGUGAUUCGGAUGACGAGAAUUUGCCUGAUCUAGAGUGA